AUGAAGCCCUCUUCUUCGGUGCUGACAACAGAGACCUCAUCUCCGACGUCACUCGAUCUAAAUACCCCACCGCUCAUGGUUUUUCAAUGUCAUCAGUGCCUAACCAUCGUGGGCGAUUCUGUUGCCUGGCUUCUAGCGCAGCGACAACUGGGCUUGAUUGUGCUACAAGAAGUGACCGACAAAGUGUUGACACUUGAAUUUCUCACCACGUCCGAAGACCAGGACUGGGAGCGCUGCAAGUUCGCACCUUUAGCGUGCGCAAAAUGUGAUCAAAUCCUUGGUCGCUUUUACAAAGACACACCACCUGAAUGGACUAUCAUGCGCGGCGCCUUUAGCUUGUACCAUUCUGCGCUUGUUGUAUACCAGUUAGGAACACCUCGCGGCACCCCACACCGUACAGGGGAUGGCCGUGUGGAUUCUGAUGCUGGUAGCCAGCGUUUGCAAGCUGAUCCACGUUCGCUGCGUCCACCAGACUUGAUGUCAGCUGACCGUCGCUCGUCCCUCUCGCCGCCACGUUCUCAUGCUUCGUAUAUACCCUCAUCGUACACAGUGACACGCGGCCCUCGAUCUGCAUCGCCUUCCCUACCUCCUAUGACAGUCCCAGACAAAGGGUCACCGGCACCUUUGUCGUCCAUGAUGUCGUCCACGUCAUCACCUGCAACGACACCCUCUUCGUUCGCAAAGGUGUCGAGGCCAGCUCAAUCUUCGACAUCAAGUCCAUCUUUGAGCGCUGCCCUUGCACCAAGUGGAAGGACAACGAUGUUGCCAUCGUUGACGACCACGUCGUCAUCAUCACUAACGCCGAACUCGGGUCCUCCGCCAGCGUCUUUCUCGUCUGGGCCUAUGUCUUAUCCAUCCUCCACACCAUCGUCUGUCUCGGGUGAUAAGGCCGAGUCUUCACGCACGGACACAGAUCUUGAAAAGAUUCGCACGCUACUCAUGGGGAUGGGAGAACGACUUAUGCGUCUCGAGCAGUAUUUGCCGGUACCACCAUCUUCGACAUCGUAUCCUUCGUCAACCUCCUCAUCGUCCUCUUCAUCAACAGCUACGUCGGCUACAUCUACAGCGACUGCACCGCCUCCUUCUGUACCUUCGAUCAUCGAUGAUCGGUCUGUGCAGCGGCAUCCGCAUGCUGCUUGGGAUGAACUACGACAAAUAUCUCCAGUAUCGACGUAUCCGUGUGUCGAUGCCUCUGCUCGACGAAACAGCACAACGAUGUGUUAUCCCGAGGACACACUGCGCAGAUGGCCCCCAAGACGGGAUGGCUCACGCUCCUUAUCUGACACGGCUCGCCGCUCACUCGUGUUACGGCCAUCGCCUUCCUGGAAGAGCGGGGCGCCGCCGGACGACGUGAAUAGCCGCCCAUUUUCUCCUCCCGAUGAGCCACUCCUUUGA